GAUCAGUUCUCCAAUGUAUAUGCAUAUAUAUAUAUAUAUAUAUAAUAAGGAUGACCAUAUAUGCAGGAAAACAAAGUGUUCAAAUUAAAGGAAAGCAUGGAAGAAGCAAGCUGCCAUUCUCUGCCUGCUGACAUCGAUGCAAAUGGAAUUGUAAGAUCAAGUAGAGAUCUUCCGCCAGCUCAUUACACAUUUCAAAUCAAGAAGUUUUCGGUUCUGUUUGAGACAGAGGUUAAAAAAUGUAAAUCAGGCCAGUUUGAAGUUGGCGGCUACUAUUGGAGAUUGGUUCUCCAUACAAAUGGGAAGAAGAAUAAGAACAGUCACGUCUCCUUAUAUUUGGCAAUACAAAAUCAAAAUAAUCUUUCGCUUGGAUGGGAGGCUAACGUAAACUUCAGAUUCUUUGUGUUCGAUCAAAUACGAAACAAGUAUCUGUGUAUUCAAGAUGGGAGUGUAAGACGCUUCCAUAACUUAAAGCCUAAAUGGGGAUUCGCUCAAUUACUUUCACACGAUACUCUCAACGAUCCUUCAAAUGGUUAUAUUGUUGAUGACUCUUGCAUUCUUGGAGUUGAAGUUUUUGUCAUCAAAGGUAUUGGCAAGGGGGUGUGCCUAUCGAUGAUAAAUCAACCUCAAAUCAAUUAUUUCACCUGGAGGGUUGACAAGUUUGACACGCUAAAAGAAAGCUAUUAUUUCUCUAAUGUCUUCCCUGUUGAAGGGCGUAAAUGGAAGUUGAAGCUCUAUCCAAGGGGAGUCAUGGCAACCGUAGCAGACGGCUUCUUGUCUCUCUUUCUCCAACCGGAUGAUUCAGAAAUCGUUACUCCUAACCAAAAAUUGUACGCAAAAUACAAGCUGCGAAUAAGGGACCAAGUCAAUAGCAAUCACCUUGAAAGAACAGUUUCGCAUUGGUUUGAUAGCAGUAAGGUUUUCUGGGGUUACCCGACCUUUUCGUCUCUGAGAGAUCUCAAGGAUCCGUCAAAUGGCUACUUAGUGGGUGAUGCUUUGUUCGUUGAAUGCAAAAUUGAUGUCAUAUCUGUAGUGAAGGAUUUCUCCGGCCGGAUGAUCUAAUUGGAGACAAAAUUAGCUAUAUUACUAAAUAUACAAUAAUCCAGUGGUUGUGGAAGCGAUACAUGAUUCGACUCAAAUUCCGCAACAUUAUUAUUAUAUAUGUCUAUAGCAAAUAUAAGAAAAAUACAUAAAAUGUAAUUUUAAGAGUGAUAAAAAUCAAAGUCACUUGGAAGCUGUGAAAGACCAGUCGAUCAAUGGAUAUGAGAAACUAAGGAUCGAUCGAUGUGAAAAAUUGAUUGCCAAUUAAUUUCAUGGUCUUAA